UUGAUUUGCGGAAUGAAGACACCACUGGCUAGUGUCGCAGUUUAGGAUAGCAAACAGGUUAAGAAAAUGAGUUUGCUUCACGUGAUACGUGGGGCUUUACUUGUAUCGUUUUCUAUUAUUUUUACUGUAGUGCUUGGAUUUGGACUCCCGGUAUUCGUAAAUGCCAUAGCUAAAUACUGCGGUUUUCCGGAGACCAGUACAGCGGAGUGCAUUGUCGGGGUGUAUUUAAUUUUUGUGCUUUACAUCGCGACACCACGGAUAUCCAGAGGGUCGGUCAAGGUGAACGGAAAGGCAGUGCUCAUCACAGGCUGUGAUUGCGGUUUUGGUCAUGUGGCAGCCAAGCAUCUACACAAGAUGGGCUUCACUGUCUUUGCUGGAUGUCUUUUCAAGGAUCAGGUUGGAGAUGGGGCAAAGGAGCUGGAGGAGAUGAAUUCAGACCGUAUGAAGGUGCUCCAGUUGGAUGUCUGCAGUGAGGAGCAGGUGGAAAAAGCUGUGGAGUAUGUAAAGACACACCUGGAAGACCCAGAGAGAGGUCUGUGGGCAGUGUUGAACAACGCCGGUGUGUCUACAUUUGGAGAGGUGGAGUUUACAACCAUGGACACGUACCGCCACGUGUCAGAGGUCAACCUGUGGGGGGUCAUCAGGAUAACCAAGGCCUUUCUUCCCCUCAUUCGCAAGGCCAAAGGUCGUGUGGUCAACAUGGCCAGUAUGUAUGGACGGAUGGGCAAUGCCAUGCGUUCUUCAUACUGUGUGUCCAAAUACGGCGUGGAGGCCUUCUCCGACUGCCUGCGCUACGAGAUGAAGGCAUGGGGCGUAAAGGUCUCCAUCAUCGAGCCAGGGAACUUUGUAGUGGCUACAGGCAUUCUGACUCGGGACAUUGUGUCCACCACUGCUGAGAAGCUGUGGAGAGAGGCGCCCUCUGGUGUACAGGAGGAGUAUGGGAAGGGGCACUUCGACAAAAACAUAGCCUUAAUGAGGUCAUACUGCACAGGCGGAUUGAAGGAUAUACAGCCUGUCCUGGAUGACAUCACUGACGCCAUCACCUCACGCCGCCCGUUCACACGCUACAACCCCAUGGAACCCCACCUGUGGAUCAGAAUGCAGGUGAUGACAUACCUGCCGGCGCUCAUAUCUGACUUCCUCUACUUCUGAGUGUAACAGUGUCACAUUGCAUCAGUCAUUGACCCUGUAAACUUCAGUCUAAAUUAGUGAAUUUAAAUUAAUCCUGCUUAUACUAAAGUUGUCUAUGAGUUCCUGUUACCCUGGUAACAUGGUCGAGGUGCCAUAGCUAACUCAGUAGUCUUUUAUACUUGAUCACUAGGGUAUGAAGCUUAUAUUCACACUAAACGCUGGUUAAUUAAAAAAGAUAUAUUUGCACGUUGGGUGUUUCCUUGUUUGUGUGUACGUGCAGCUGUAUGACCUGCACCGUUACUGUCUGAUGUGUUGCAACUGUAUGUUCGCUGGAGGCCUCCACACCUUCAGUUCUGAAUGUCUGGGGCCCCUCCCUCUGCUGGGGCCCCUCCCUCUGCAGGGAUCUGGGCCUGUAAUCCAUAGAGCAUUUCAGUGUGGUGGUUAUCUGGUCCCACCUGUCAGUAGCAGUCAGACUGUUUGUGAUCUGACAGGCUUAGCUGUUCCUGGACCAGCAAUUCACCACUCGGGUGUUUUCUGGAUACGGGCCCUGAGCUGGAGCACAAAGAGUGGUCCUGGUGUUCUUUUUGGGCUUGGUCCGGAACAGGACAGGGCUGGCUGCUGGUGAGACUUGGCUGGAUCCGUCAGAAGUUAUGUAAUGACUACAGACUGGCUUUGUGUUGCUGUUCUAACCGCUUGUAUUCAUCCACACAUUUGGUUUUAAUAAUAGGAGGACUUUGGUCAUUCAGAUAUGUUUAUUCAAGCUGUUGAAUGUAUUCAUGACAUUUUUGUAUGAAAGAUUUUGUACUUGGUAAGAUGUGAUUUUGUAUAUUGGAAUAAUUGUGAAAAAGAUAACAGUAAAAUAAUAUCACUGAGUUUAUUUGAAAGGUUGAUUUGGAAUAAGUACAACUGUGAUAAAGGAUUGUUAGAUUUGUCAGA